GGCCGGGUGGCGCUGUGGCAUCAUCGCGGCGUACGUCUUUCAGGCCAGCCGACCCGCCGAGGGUGGAGAUGCCCCGCCCACGCACACCAAAGGUGAGAACACUCACUGGAACACUUUGGAACAAUACAGAUGACCAGUUCUGUACGGCUCCUGUGCCGGGUCCCUGGUGUCCCUGGUGUCCCCCGUGUCCGGUUCUUUGUUUCCGUGGUGUCCCCUGCGACUGGGCCCUUGUGUCCCCCUCGUCUUGUCUCUUGUGUCCGUUCCAUGUGUCCACUGUCUCGUGUCUUUGGUUUCUCCUAUGUCGGGUCCCUUGUGCCCCCUGGUGUCUCCUAUCUGAUUCCUUGUGUCCCCUGUGUCUACUCACCUGUGUUUGGUGUCGUGUCUGUGGUGUCUCCUGUGUUCGGUGUCUUGUGCCCCUCUUCUCAUGUCCCGUGUGUCCCUGGUGUCUACAAUGUCCAACUUCUUGUCCACCCUCUCUCUCUCUCCUAUGUCCUUGGUGUUUUCUGUGCCUGAUUCCUCGUGUUCCCUGAGUCAUGUCCCCUGCCUUCGAUGUCUUGUGUCCAUGGUGUCCCCCGUGUCCGGUUCUUUGUUCCCGUGGUGUCCCCUGCGACUGGGCCCCUUUGUCCCCCUCGUCAUGUCUCUUGUGUCCGUUCCGUGUGUCCACCGUCUUGUGUCCCUCGUGUCUUUGGUGUCUCCUAUGUCGGUUCCCUUGUGCCCCUGGUCUCUCCUGUCUGAUUCUUUGUGUCCCGUGCCGACUCCCCUGUGCGUGGUGUCUUGUGUCUGUGCUGUCUCCUGCCUCUCUCGUCAUGUCCCAUGUGUCUCCUGUGUGUGGUUCCUUGUGUCCCUGGUGUCUUCUGUGUCUGGCUCCUUGUUUCUGUGGUGUCCCCUGUGUCCGGGCCCUUGUGUCCUCCUUGUCAUGUCUCUUGUGUCCCUGGUGUAUCCUGUGUCACUUGCGUCAUGUCCCUUGUGUCUGGUUCCACGUGACCCUGAUGUCUACCGUGUCCGAUUCCUUGUGUACACCGUCUCGUAUCUCCUGUGUCCGUGGUGUCUGUGGCUGGUUCCUCGUGUACCCUUUGUCGUGUCCCUUGUGUUCCCGGUUUCUCUGGCUCCCGGGUCCCGUCCUCCUCGUGUCCACGGUGUCUCCGCAGUGGUGUCGGAGUGGGUGAGCUCUUCGGGCUCAUGCAAGGGUCGCUGCUUCGAGUUGGAGGAAGCCGAGCCUCCGGGAUGUCGUUGUGACAACUUAUGCAAAACCUACUACAGCUGCUGCUCUGACUUUGACCAGCACUGUCUCAAAACGGCGGGACGCUUCGAGUGCCGUCCGGAGCGUUGCGGUGAGGGGAGGAAAGACGAGCAUGCGUGUCACUGCACAGAUGACUGCCUGGAAAAAGGAGACUGCUGCUCCAACUACAAGGCGGUGUGCCAAGGCGAGGAGUCAUGGCUCCAAGGAGACUGUGAGGAGACCGUCAGCGCUGAGUGUCCAGCCGGUUUCAUCCGCCCGCCACUCAUCAUGCUGUCUGUGGACGGUUUCCGGGCGUCCUACCUGAAGAAGGGUGUGUCCGUCAUGCCCAACAUCCAGAAACUCAGAUCAUGUGGGACAACUGCUCCGUACAUGCGGCCCGUCUACCCGACCAAGACCUUCCCGAACUUGUACACGUUGGCCACGGGCCUCUACCCAGAAUCCCACGGAAUCGUGGGCAACACCAUGCACGACCCGGUGUUCAACGCCACCUUCAGCCUACGUUCCCGAGAGAAGCUAAACCAUCGCUGGUGGGGCGGGCAGCCGAUCUGGAUCACCGCUAAGGAACAAGGCGUCAAAGCCGGAACCUUCUUCUGGCCCUGGGUCAUCGAACUAGAGAGACGAAUCCUCACCAUCCUGCAAUGGCUGAAGCUGCCCGACCAACACAGACCUUACGUGUACGCGGUGCACUCGGAGCAGCCUGACACCUUUGGACAUCGCUGGGGUCCCCUGAGCAGUGAGCUGGACAACACGCUGCGGCAGAUCGACGGCGUGAUCGGUCAGCUGAUGAACGGCCUGAAGCAGAUGAACCUCCAUCGCUGCGUCAACGUCAUCGUCGUGGGCGACCACGGCAUGGAGGAGGCGCACUGCGAUCGCACCGAGUUCCUCAGCAGCUACCCGCUCAACAUCGACGACAUCACGCUCAUCCCGGGCUCACUGGGCCGGAUACGGCCUCGAGACGCCAAGUCCACUUCAUACGAACCUCAGCAGGUGGUCGCCAACCUGACGUGCAAGAUGGCGACGCAGCACUUCACGCCGUACCUAAAGCAACAUCUGCCCAAGAGACUCCAUUAUGCCAACAACCGCCGCAUUGAGGACGUGCACCUGCUCAUGGAGAGGAAGUGGCAUGUCGCCAGGAAAAUGCCAGAAAAGAUGCGUACGCGUUGCGGUUUCUUUGGCGACCACGGCUUCGACAACAAGAUCACCAGCAUGAGGACCAUCUUCAUGGGACACGGGCCCAGCUUCCGCUUCCGCACUCAAGUGCCGGAGUUUGACAACAUCGAGCUUUACAACGUCAUGUGCGACCUGCUCGGCGUGAAGCCGGCGCCAAACAACGGGACGCACGGGAGCCUGAACGCCAUGUUGAAGUCACCGCCCUUCCAGCCCGUCAUGCCGGCGGAAGUGACGCCACCGGCGCAGGACGAGGACGCGGCAGAGGCGGCGACGGGGCCGGGGGCGCCGGUCGCCUUCGACCUCGGCUGCGGCUGCGAUGACGAGAACAAAGUGGAGCGGAAUGUGGAAGCCUUCAGCCCCGCCCAAGAUGGCGUCGACGACUACAACGUGACACAGCUGCCGUUCGGCCGACCCGCCGUUAUGUUUGAGGCUCGUUACGCUUUGCUGCAUCACUCCGACUUCAUCAGCGCGUACAGCCGCCAACUGGCCAUGCCGCUGUGGACGUCCUUCACGCUGAUGCCGCAGGAGGACGUCACUUCUCUUCCAGAAGGUUCCGCCAGCGGCCCGUGCCUGCGAACGGACCCGCGGGUGUCGGCCGACCACAGCGCCAGCUGCAGCGCCUACGAGCAGAACCGCCUCCUCGGCUACGGCUUCCUGUUCCCGCCCGAGUUGGCGUCGUCGCCCGAGUCCAGAUACGAGGCAUCGCUCAUCACCAACACCGCGCCCAUGUUUCCCGCCUUUACUCGAGUGUGGCGUUACCUGCAGGGCGCGCUGCUUAGGCGCUACGCACAGGAAAACAACGGCAUCAACAUCCUCGCCGGACCUGUCUUUGACUACAACUACGAUGGCCGGCGAGAUACCCUGGAGGAAAUUCGAGAGUGGUCUCCCGGCACGCCGCCUGUGCCCACUCACUUCUUCACCGUGGUGACCAGCUGCCGCCAAGCCAACCAAACACUGGACGAGUGCGACGGCGAUCUGAGCGUCUUCUCCUUCCUGAUUCCUCACCGAGACGACAACAGCGAGACCUGCAACAGCAACGACGGCGAGCAGCUUUGGGUGGAGGGGCUGCUACAGCUUCAUACGGCCAGGGUCCGCGACGUGGAGAUAAUCACCGGGCUCGACCUUUACCGGGCCAACAACCAGAGCUACAGCGGCAUCCUCAGCCUCAAGACGUACCUGCGCACCUUCGAGACGGACGACUGACACCCGAAGAUCUGACCGAGAGACGGUCGACUAGCUGACGCUCAACCAGGUGACACCAAACCGGGAGACACUGCGACCAGCUGAAACCUGACAAGAAAGGUCCAACCGAGCGACACCUGAGACAGACAGACACCUGACCAAAUGAUACCGAUCCUACUGACACCUAAACAACUGAUGCGCGACUAACACCGGACAUGCAACCUGCUGACACCUGACACCAGACUUAGUGGCACCGAUACGGCCGCCGAACAAAAGACACCCAACCAACUGACGCCUAACAAAGAGACAUCGACCGACUGAAAACCGAGUACGACCUUCAGAAUAGAUUUUUUUUCGGUGUGUUCAUUCAACGUAGGACGGAACAAACCGCUUCCUUCCGCCUGCCAUACCUGUCUGAAAACCAAGUGGGCGUGGCUAAAUACCGUGAACAUAACAUAUGGACGCACGCACGCACGCACGCAAUCACGAUCAUUGUGUUUCAACUCAUUAACUUUUUGUUUGCCCUGACGUGAAUGUCAUUCUUGGUUUUGGCCUCCGCAGGGCGCCGUGGCUCACAGGUUUUAUGCCAAGCUAAGCUAACGUCUUAUUUAACACGCUCAACACAAUAACGUCGGCUUGUUGUCUGCAAGCACAAGUAAAGGACUGUUAUGAACUACUUUGUUGUUUCCAAUUUCUCGGAGCUCUCCUUACCCAAAAAAAAACAAAAAUAUCCAAGAACAAACAAAUUAAGUAGUCAUCGGUCAUCAUUGCUUGAUUAUUUUCAGUUCAAAUGGACAGUUUGCUAAGUCUGUUUCAUCCAGGCAGCAUCGAACUCUGAAAUGACUUCAUUGCAGAUGUUCAUGGGUAAUGCAUCAUGAAAAUCUGUGAUCAGGAUGAAAUGGAAGAACAUUGCACCCUAAUGUAUUUAGCAACAUCAAGAAAACAAAAAUGUCCCUUUAAGAACCAUUUUUGGAUUGUGUUAGUCUUCAGAAUUCCAAAAUUGUACUCCAAAUAAAUCGGUUUCAAUUUGUCAGCGUUUGAAAUUCAAGUCUUCACUUUAUUCAACGUACGAUACACAGCAACAUAUCAACACUGUUCCCAGAUUGACAACUUCGUUACUACGAACGCUCGGUGAGGCCACCGGUAGGUUAGCUGAGGCUGGGGAAACCCGUGCACUCACCAUCAGGAGCCCGUGCACACUUGGGUGGAAACCAACGUUGUUUCAUUCCACCUGAAAAUUCCACAGAAAGCGUCAGUCAAGUGGACACGUGUUGCGACACCAACACGACGAUUGACGAUUGAUCAUUUUGGAUCGCCGUCUCCAUGAAAUGACAUCGUGGAGAAACGGUCGUCUCAUUUCUCCAAAUAUUUGUACCCGAGGACCGAGGAGGUUGCAAAGAAACAAAUGAGACUUAGCCAAGAAAAUUCACAUAACGGAAACAAUCGAGCUGGGAUUGGCUGGCGACCGGUUCAGGGCGUAUCCCGCCUCUCGCUCGAAGAUAGCUGGGAUAGACCCGUGACCCGCGUGAGGAGAAGCGGUACAGAAAACGGAUGGAAAACAAUCAAGCGUACCUGCCGGUCCUGCCGGUCCCGCCGGUCCCGCCGGUCCCCGUGGUCCCGCCGGUCCCCGUGGCCGUGCGGGUCCCCAUGAUCCUGCACAGCUGGGCCCGACGAGGCGCUCAGGCCUCAAGUAGCAGCGCAGCAGACAGUUGAGCAGGUGGGCUCGGGCCAGUGGAUUGAGCAGAAUGUGGUCGAGUUUGAGGGUUCUGGUGUUCCAGCUGUUGUCACUGCUGCUCUUUGGACAACAUGCGAGAGCUUUUGGGCCUUACUUUGCUCCGCUUCAGAGUUUCCCGCGCAGCCCAAAAACUUAUCAGGCUCCUGCUGGCCUCCAAGCUUCACUCCAGUCUGAAGGUUCUACCGCUCACCUUAAACCCAAGUACCUUGGAAGUGUCUCACAGCAGAACCGGAUGCCUGCCAGACCGGGUACCGAAGGCCGUCUCGGUCCCUCUGGCGGUAGGGUAGAUCCGAGUCCACCAGGAAGUGCUCCGAUUUACAGACUCGGUUUAGAGCAGCGACAUCAACCCUAUCCCAUCAACAACAAAAUGCCUCAAAACCACCGGGAAGGUACUAUAGUUUCAAGUCACGGGAUCCAGAUGGUGGCUGCUGUGAUGCCACCAAGGUCUGCACCAAACUCGGCACUGGUUCUGAUGCCACGGAGGUACGAAAAACCCCAAGUGCUACCAAGGUACAACCCCAAACUACCACAAAGGUAUGAACCAAAACCACCAAAGGAGU